AUGUCGACGUCUCUACCUGUCUCUGACAUUUGCCUGGAUCUAGCAAUAUUUUGCGGCAAAUUUGCAGAUAUACCAUGCCUGGAGUCAAAAACAGUGCGAGUUUUCGUCAGCUCUACUUUCGGAGAUACGGUGGAAGAGAGGAACAGACUGAUGCGUGAAACGUUUCCUUCCCUGAGGUCCUACUGUCUCAAAGUUGGGCUAGAAUUCGAGGUUGCUGAUAUGCGAUGGGGUGUGAGAGACGACGCAAUUACCGGCCAUUUGACAAGUUUCAUCUGCCUCCGGGAAAUACAAAAUUGUCAGAGAGUGUCUCCUGGCCUUAACUUUAUGACAUUUCUUACCAAUCGGUAUGGUUAUCGUCCAGUUCCUGCACAGUUAACUCCUGCUCAUUAUUCGAUGUUUCGUGACAUUGCAGCAAAAUGUGAAGGAGUAAAGAUCAACAUGCUAGCUGAGUGGUACCAAUUGGAUAACAAUGCUGUACCACCAACUUACCAGUUACAGUCAAUUACGUCACAAUUUCCACAUUACAAUGACCACACUCAUCCAGACUUAUGUAGUCGUGACCAAGCGGCCUGGUGGGGAGUGUUUAGUCUGCUUCAACAGCUCUUCUGGAAGUGUGCAGAUGUAGCAGUAAGGCAAGGCUUGUUAACUGUCCAGGAAGCCAAUGGUUAUAUGAUGUCAGUUACUGAAGAUGAAAUCAGAGUUGGAAUGCUGGAAGUACCAUCUCCUCAUUCUCACUGCGUAGCUUACUUUCGUGACCUUCGAGACAUCUCGUCUGUUAUCAAUACCGAAUCCACAUCCAGAUACAUUGACACAAAACAAAACAAAGUAGAUGCGGAAGCACAGAAACUUUUGAACCAACUGAAACAAAAAGUAGUUGUCUGCCUUGAUAAAAACAACGUCCAACAGAUGAGCAUCCCGUGGACUGGUUCUGGCAUUAGUCUAGACAACAAUGAACACAUAAAGUAUCUUGACUCAUUCUGUACAAAAGUGUAUGAUGACAUGAAAUUUCUAAUUGAUCAGCAUGCAGUACAAGCAGUAACUUCUAGGUCUCAUCCUAAUUCAGGCCUGUAUGAUGAAGUUCUACGCCACACUUGGUUCUGUGUCAACAAAUGUAAACUGUUUUGUGGUCAAGAAGAUGUGCUUGAUGCUGUGAAAACGUACCUCUGUUGUUCUCAUCAUCAACGACCAUUUGUUAUCCAUGGUCUGUCAGGCAGUGGCAAAACGUCUAUUAUGGCUAAAGUGGCAGUUUCUGCUAAGGAGUGGCUGUGCCCUGGUCUUGUCACUAUUGUGCGAUUCCUUGGGACUUCUCCGGGUUCUGCAACAAUACACUGCGUUCUGCAGAGUAUCGUUCAACAGAUAUGUUUGGUCUUUGAUGUGUCUUGUCCAUCAGUCGAGACUCUAGAAGAUUUCAGUGUUCUGGCUCAGUAUUUCAAAACCCAGCUGUUACAGUCAUUGCCUGUCUCACCUUCUUGUCCACUGCUUCUGAUGCUUGAUUCUGUAGAUCAACUGUUACCAACUGAUGGUGCACACAAGAUGAAUUGGCUUCCAAAAAUGCUGCCUGCUAAUGUAUUAGUUGUUGUGUCUGUGCUGUCUGUUGGGUACGAAUGUUUGUCAGUAUUGCAUUCGAUAAUGCCUCAUCCAGAGUGCUACUUGGAAGUCUGUCCAAUGUCAGUUGACUCUGCAGGGAGUAUUCUUGAUGUUUGGUUGGUAUCAGCUGGCAGAACACUCACAUACGAUCAGCGUAGUCUUCUUCUUAAAACAUACUUGUCAUGCACUCGCCCUCUCUUUCUCAAGUUGUUGUUUGAUCAAGCCCGCUAUUGGAAGUCCGAUAUGCCUUCUAACAAUUUGGUUCUACCAGUUGAUGUUCGUGAUGCGAUAGCCAAGCUAUUUGAAGGUCUAGAAGUUCGUCAUGGUGUGGUGUUAGUGCAACGUGCUCUUGGCUACAUUACAGCUGCAAGAAAUGGGGUUACACAAGCUGAGCUGGAAGAUGUUCUGUCUUUAGACAACGAUGUACUGAGCGAUGUUUACCAAUACUGGAAUCCUCCUGACUUGCAAAUGGUUCGCCUACCACAGUUGUUGUGGAAACGUGUUAGGUUUGAAAUCGAUGAGUAUUUGGUUGAGAGACAGGCAGAUGGACGCACUGUUCUUGCUUGGUAUCAUAGACAAUUCAUUGAAGCAGCCACAGAUAGAUACCUCAGUAAUAAGAAAGAUAUACUCGCCUGCCACUCAGGGUUGGCAGAUCUUUUUAGUGGAAAGUGGGCCAAGGUUGGUAAACAUUUGCAUCUGAUCCAAAGAAAUUUGUACCUUGAAUCCACACAGAGAGGUGUUGCUGCACAACCACUACAGUUUGGCAAUAAAAUGCCAAAUCUGAGAAAGAUGAGUGAAUACCCUCGACAUCUUAUCAGAUCUGGUUUGACAUUUGAGUUAAAGAAGAAUGUUCUUUGUAAUUUUGAGUGGCUUUACAACAAGAUGCAGACACUGUCUCUGGUUCAUGUUAUAGAAGACUUUGAUGAAUAUCUUCAUGUGAACUGUAGUGAUAACAUGAUUGGCUUGCUACGCGAAACGUUGUUGCUGUCUAGCAGUAAUUUGCGUACAGAUGCGAAUUGUCUUGCUGCACAAUUGAUUGGUCGAACUCACCAGUUGUCUCAGAAUUUUCCAGACCUUUCUUCACUCAUUGCAAGUGCAUACCAUUGGGCCCAGUCAUCACCCAUACCAAUGCUGAUUCCUCAGUCCACAUGUCUGAUCGCUCCAGGAGGUCCUCUCAAAAUGUCACUGGCUGGCCACCCACAAAGGAUAGAGAAAAUCAUGUUGAAGACAGAUGAACCUGUUGCUGUUUCAAUGUCAAGGGGAUACAAUGAAUCCACCCUUGUCAAUGUCUGGGACUUGACACUAGGAGAAUGCUUGCACUCGUUUGUCAUUUCAGAAAAGAAACUUGCAAAAUUUACUAUGGGUCCCUCGUGGGUUGCUGUAGGAUCACAGAACGUUCAUGUUAUUCACUUGAAGACAGGAGAAUGCAUGAGAAUGAUAGAGUGUGAUGAAGAAGUAACCUCUCUAGUUGCACUGCAAAGUAGUUCAUCAGAUAUGUUAGUGAUAGGUCAUGUAUCUGGUGUAGUUGCUGUGUGGAAUAUAACCAAUGGUGAUUUAUUCUGCAAACUUGGAAAACAUAGUAAUCAGAUCACUAGUCUUUGUAUGCUCUCGAGUAGUCAUAUCGCUGUCUCAGGCUCUUCAGACUCUACUAUUAGAGUAUGGGAUUUACAACGUAAACGUGUUAAAUUUUGUUUUCAGUAUCACCGUGGAGAAAUUACAUGCUUAGCUGUUUGUGAGUCUCCCAGAGGCAUCUACACUGUUUCGGGAUCUACGGAUACAAGCCUUCGCAAAUGGUGUUUGCAAACGGGCAAGUGUUUGGCUGUCAUGGAAGGCCACACGAAGACUGUAAAGGAUGUUGCAAUUUUACCCAGUGGCAGUGUCUGUAUGUCUGCUUCUCUUGACAAAACACUUCGACUGUGGGAUCUCAAUACAGGACAAACUGUGAAGACUCUUAAGGGACAUGACGAUGGAGUGUGGUGUGUUGCAGUGACGGCUGGUGGCUCAAUGGCAGUAUCUGGGUCAAAGGAUGAUUUGUUAAAAGUAUGGGACACUGCCAGUGGUGAAUGUUUACAUACCCUGGAAAGUCAUUCGUCAUGGAUUAGUUGUGUUGCUGCAUCACAAUAUGGUAAAUGGGUUGUGUCAGGUUCAAAUGACAAAUUGCUGAAAGUGUGGGAUAUACAAAAGCAGCAGACAAUAACACAGAUUGCCCGACAUUUUUCUCAGCCAGAAUGCAUAGCGGCGUCUUCUAAAGCAUUUUACUCUGGUGCUCCUGAUGGAAUUAAGGUGUGGGCAUUGGAUGGUCGCUGCUUGCAUUCUUUUCAGUCUUCCACCAGCUGUCUGGCCUCCACUUCUGAUGGAAAAUAUAUUGUUAGUGGAGGUAUGGACAAACAAGUAAAGAUAUGGGAUGUUAAGGCUAACUGUUUGUUGCAAUCCCUGCAAGGUCAUAAUGGUAAUAUCACUUGUGUAUUAGUAGUAGGGGUGAUGGCUUUUACCGGUUCUGCAGAUGGAAUGAUAAAGAUAUGGAGAAUUCCUCAAGGAGAUAGACUUGAAUCUCUGGAGAGUCAUGAAGCUGGUAUUAAAUGUGUGGCGGUCUCAGACGAUGCAGAGAUGGUAGCAAGUGGAUCAUUUGACAAGAGUGUGAGAGUGUGGUCAUUGUCAAAUGGACAUCUUAAACAAUGCACUGUCUUUGAGGGUCACACUGACAUUGUUUGGUGUAUUAGAGUGACUAGAGACAAGAAAAAGGCCAUCUCUGGAGCCAGUGACAAAACAGUUCGAGUGUGGAGCAUUCAGGAUCAGGUGUGUUUGCAUGUAUUGCAACACCAUGAAAGUGUGAAAGCAUUGGCAGUCACUGCCGACAGUAAGCACUUGAUUUCUGGGGACCAUUCAAGCAGCAAUCAACUUCGACUGUGGAAUUUAGAAAAUGGAGAAUGCUUGCUGUCAUUUGAGGGACACUCACAUGCUGUAAUGUCCAUAAUUCUGGUUGAUAAUGACAGACUUGUAGUCUCAGGCUCCAGAGAUGGCACAAUUAAGUUGUGGGCAAUCGAUGGUAAAGGGCACCCUCUUGCUACCUUUGAUGCACAAGCUCAAGCUAAGCAUCUAGCUCAUGUCAAAGCAUCACCUGGAACUAAAUCCCAAGGAACGAUUGCAGCUGCAACAAAGACUGGUCAUAUUUGUAUUCUCAGCAUAUGUAUGCAGUAAGAAUGGGAGCUGUGGCAGGAAAUACUUUCAUCAUAAUUGAUGAACAUCAUUCCAGGAACAUUUGUAUUAACAUAGACAACUUUUUAAAAAAUUCAGUUUAUCAGUUAACAAUGAGUCAAACUAGUAGAGUUUGUUCAUGUGAUAUUUUUACAAAGGUUUGAUCACUAACUCUCAUUUUAAUUGGCAAUGAUUUUUAAUAUUAGUUUAGAAACCAAGUCUAAUAAGUAAUUGAACAAAAAGCA